AAGCCUAGUUUUAAAGGUUUAAGAUAUUAUGAUUUCGGCUAAAAGAUAGAAGAUCAAGAACUCUUCAUAACCAGAUUUAAGAAAUUAUAAUCUCGACUCAAAGAUAGAGGAUCAAGAACCUUUCAUAAGUCUAGUUUAAAGGUUUAAGAUAUUAUAAUUUCGACUAAAAGAUAGAAGAUCAAUAACCCUGAAAUAAACUUAUUUCAUCCCGAAGUAAAUUGGAUACAACUUUCCUCCUCGAGAACCGAAGACUCUCUCUCCCCCCUUUCUCUCUCUAACUGAAUCCCAAAAGUCCAUGAAAAUGAUUAUAUAGCACAGGAGGAUGAGAAUUCAGAAUGCUUUUGAGGGUAACAUGGAAGGCAAAAAAAUGAAGAACAGUUGACAGUUCUAACACAAUUGCAGAGAGGUUGAGAGAAAGAGAGCUUACAAUUUUUGCUCUCCAAAAUGGUGGCUGCAAUCUGUAUUGUGCUGCUAGCUUUGCUGCUACACUCCCCCUCGCCGCCAUGCACCGCUCUCAACCUCAGUCUCCCCGGCCAGCAUCCGAGCCCUGAACUGGUUGCUCAAGAAGUUCACAGGAAAGUGAAUGAUUCCAUAACAAGAAGGCGACUGAUCCAAAACUCAGAGAACGACGAAUCUUCUUCCUGCUACACCGGAAACCCCAUCGACGACUGCUGGAAAUGCGAUUCAAAUUGGCCAAACAACCGCCAACGCCUCGCCGAUUGCGCCAUAGGAUUUGGCCAGUACGCUUCAGGAGGGAAGAACGGUGAGUUCUACGUCGUCACAGAUGACUCCGACGAUGAUCCAGUCAAUCCAGAGCCCGGGACAUUACGAUACGCCGUUAUACAGCCACAGCCUCUCUGGAUCGUCUUCCCCGCCAAUAUGCUCAUCAAACUCUCACAGGAACUCAUCUUUAACAGCUACAAAACCCUAGACGGCCGGGGCGCCAACGUCCACAUCGUCGGCGGCGGUUGCAUCACCUUGCAAUACAUAAGUAACGUCAUUAUCCACAAUAUCCACAUCCACCAUUGUUAUCCAUCAGGGAACACCAUGGUCCGAUCAAGUCCGACGCAUUACGGAUACCGUACGAAAUCGGACGGCGACGGGAUCUCGAUCUUCGGGUCUAAGGACAUAUGGAUUGACCAUUGUUCGCUCUCGCAUUGCAAGGAUGGGCUGAUUGAUGCGGUGAUGGGCUCCACCGGAAUCACGAUUUCAAACAAUUAUUUCUCGCAUCACGAUGAGGUUAUGUUACUAGGUCACAGUGACAGCUACUCGCCGGACUCCGGAAUGCAGGUGAAUUCCCCCUCCCUUUUUCCUUGUUCUCCCUUUUUUUUUUUCAAAUUAACACUAAAUUCUAUGAUCCAACUCAAGGUAACAAUAGCAUUCAACCACUUCGGCGAGAAGCUUGUGCAAAGGAUGCCACGGUGCCGGCGAGGCUACAUCCACGUGGUCAACAACGACUUCACCCAAUGGGAAAUGUACGCAAUCGGCGGCAGCGGGAACCCCACAAUCAACAGCCAAGGCAACCGCUACACCGCCCCAUACGACCGCAACGCCAAGGAGGUAACCAAGCGUGUAGAAACCACCGAGUCCGAGUGGCGCGGCUGGAACUGGCGCUCUGACGGCGACAUCCUCGUCAACGGCGCCUUCUUCAUCACUUCCGGCCAAGGCCUCGAAGUCAAGUACGAGAAGGCUUACAGCGUCGAGCCCAAGUCCGCCGCCCUAAUCGACCAGCUCACUUGGCACGCCGGUCCACUCGGCGUCGGCAGUAGGGACAACAAUUUGGGCAUGUGGACCACUGGCUCUAAUGGCGGUGGUGGCUUUGUUCUUGGGUCUGGCCCGGAUUACACUGACGACAUGUCGGAAAGCCUCUCGCGGAUCCGGUUUCGAUAUUUUGUUAUGGUAUUUUCUUUCUGUGCAUUGGCACUUGCCUUUGUGCCAUGACGACAGAUCGUCUAGUUAUUGAUGUUAACGGCGGGAAGGCCUGAAAUGUAAAGCCAUACAUCAGCCAUUGCAUGCCAGAACUGAGUUUAGUUUAUAGUUUGUUCACAUUUUACUACUACUAAAGUUCUCAACUGUGUUCAACAGUAGAUCGUAUAGUUGAACGGUGUACAAUUUAGCGUUUUACUAAUAGUACACUUAAACUAUGUUCACUUU